CGGUCGACGAUGACGAGACGACGGCGGUGUAAAUGAAGAUCACGUGAGGGAGCAGAACGAUGCCCAAGGGUGGGUGUUCUAAAACACCACAGGCAGAAGAAUCUCCUCUCAGCAACGACAUGGUGGAGAAACAAACUGGGAAAAAGGAUAAAGAUAAAGUUUCUCUAACCAAGACCCCAAAACUGGACCGAAGUGAUGGAGGGAAGGAAGUGAGAGAGCGCACCACCAAGCGCAAGCUGCCCUUCACUGUCAGCGCCAAUGGAGAGCAGAAGGACUCGGACACAGAAAAGCAGGGCCCCGAGCGCAAGAGAGUCAAGAAGGAGCCCGCCACGCGCAAGGCCGGCCUGUUGUUCGGCAUGGGCCUUUCUGGGAUCCGAGCUGGCUACCCCCUCUCCGAGCGCCAGCAGGUGGCCCUCCUCAUGCAGAUGACCGCCGAGGAGUCUGCAAACAGCCCAGUAGACACGACACCAAAGCACCCCGCCCAGUCUGCAGUGUGUCAGAAGGGGACGCCCAACUCUGCCUCAAAAACCAAAGAUAAAGUGAACAAGAGAAACGAGCGCGGGGAGACGCGCCUGCACCGGGCUGCCAUCCGAGGGGACGCCAGGCGCAUCAAGGAGCUCAUCAGUGAAGGCGCGGACGUUAAUGUCAAGGACUUCGCAGGCUGGACAGCUCUGCACGAGGCCUGUAACCGCGGCUACUACGACGUCGCAAAGCAGCUUCUGGCAGCAGGCGCCGAGGUGAACACAAAAGGCCUGGAUGAUGACACGCCCCUGCAUGAUGCAGCCAACAACGGACACUACAAGGUGGUGAAGUUGUUGUUACGCUAUGGAGGGAACCCUCAGCAAAGCAACAGGAAAGGAGAAACCCCGUUGAAAGUUGCCAAUUCCCCAACCAUGGUGAACCUUCUGCUGGGCAAGGGCACGUACACAUCCAGCGAAGAAAGUUCCACCGAAAGCUCAGAGGAGGAAGACGCACCUUCAUUUGCCCCAUCCAGUUCGGUGGAUGGUAAUAACACAGACUCUGAAUUUGAAAAGGGCCUAAAGCACAAGGCCAAGAACCCAGAGCCCCAGAAAACGGUGACCCCCGUCAAGGACGAGUACGAGUUUGACGAGGAUGACGAGCAAGACAGGGUCCCUCCUGUGGACGAUAAGCACUUGUUAAAAAAGGAUUACAGGAAAGAGACUAAGUCCAACAGCUUUAUUUCUAUACCCAAAAUGGAAGUUAAAAGUUACACUAAAAACAACACAAUUGCACCAAAGAAAGCUGCACAUCGCAUCUUGUCAGACACGUCAGAUGAAGAGGAAGUGAGCGUCACCGUGGGGACAGGAGAAAAACUGAGAUUGUCGGCACACACAAUGCUGCCCAGUAAUAAAACACGAGAGUCUUCUAGUUCUAAGCAACAGAAAGAAAAAAAUAAAGUGAAAAAGAAGCGAAAGAAAGAAACAAAAGGCAAAGAAGUGCGGUUUGGGAAAAGGAGCGACAAGUUCUGUUCCUCCGAGUCUGAGAGCGAGCCCCUGGGCAGCGAUGAGGACGAUGGCUCCGUUGGCAGCUCUGGCUGCGCCCAGGGCUCCCCACUAGUGCUGAAGGAGCCCUCUCUGUUCAGCUCCCUCUCCGCCUCCUCCACCUCCUCCCAUGGCAGCACAGCCUCCCAGAAGCAUAACCCCAGCCACAACGAACAGCACACCAGGCACUGGAGGACAGACAAUUGGAAAAGCAUCUCCUCUCCCGCUUGGUCAGAGGUCAGCUCUCUGUCCGACUCCACGAGGACGCGGCUGACGAGUGAGUCCGAGUGCUCCUCGGAGGCCUCCAGCCUGGAGUCCCUGAAACCUGUGCGGAAGAAGCGGGAACACAGGAAGGGCGCCUUCUCUGAGAAGAAGAGCAUGUUUCACGCCAGCGUGGAUGGUGCCAUCCCAAAGCUGGACAAGGAGGGGAAGGUCAUCAAAAAACACAAAACAAAGCAUAAACACAAAAACAAGGAGAAAGGACAGUGUUCGGUCAGCCAGGAAGUGAAACUGAAAAGUUUUACCUACGAGUAUGAGGACUCCAAGCAAAAGUCCGACAAGGCCAUCCUUCUAGACCACGAUCUUCCCACUGAGAACAAGCUGAAGGCAUUAAAGCAUGAGCGAGACCAUUUCAAGAAAGAAGAGAAACUAAGCAAAAUGAAGUCAGAAGACAAAGAAUGGUUAUUUAAAGAUGAACUAAUAAAGGUCUCCAAAGAUGAGAAAUCACUCAAGAGAAUCAAAGAUCUGAGUAAAGAUGUCGCUAAGUGCUACCGAGAAGAGAAAGAUCGCACCAACAAGUCAGAAAAGGAAAAAAUCAUGAAGGAGAAAUCCCCAAAGGAGGAGAAGCUGAGGCUGUACAAAGAGGAAAGGAAGAAGAAGUCCAAAGACAGGCCCUCAAAACUAGAGAAGAAGAAUGAUUUCAAAGAGGACAAACUUUCCAAAGAGAAGGAAAAGACUUUUAAAGAAGACAAACUCAAAAAAGAUAAAGUGUACCGGGACGAUUCGGCUUUUGACGAGUAUUGUAAUAAAAAUCAGUUUUUGGAGAAUGAAGACACCAAGUUCAGCCUCUCCGAUGAGCAGCAGGAGCGGUGGUUUUCUGACCUGUCGGAUUCAUCCUUUGACUUCAGAAGAGGGGAGGACAGCUGGGACUCUCCGGUGCCCGACUUCCGGGAGAUGAAAAGUGAGUCCGUGGCCAAGCUCAUCCUGGGGACGGCCAGAGAGGACUCCAAGGAAAAGAGGCGGGAGGCCAAGAACAGGGACAGGAGGGACCAUGGUGAGCGGCGCAGCGACAGAGACCCUUUCUUUCGGAAGAAAGACAGGGACUAUCUGGAUAAAAAUGCCGACAAGAGAAAAGACCAAACUGAGAAGCAUAAAGGUCUCCCCGGCUACCUGUCAGAGAAGGAUAAGCGGAGGAAAGAGUCUGUGGACGGAGCCAAGGAGCGGAAAGACAAGGAUCUAAGCGACAUCUGCAGGGACAGAAAGGACUCCUUCGAGAGCACCAAGGAGAGGAAAGAAGUUAGGCCAAGGCCUGAGGAGACCUACCGAGAGGAGCUCAAAGAGUUCAGCUGUGACAGUUUUUUCAAGGACAAGUCUGACUCAGACUUUGUGAAAAGUCUGGAGUCCUGGGAAAGACACCAUUCGGUGAAAGAAAAAGACAAGAAGGACAGUCUCGAUAAGGAAAAAAAAGAGAAAGGAAAAGCAGAAAAAUACAAGGACAAGUCUGGUGACAAGGACAAGAAUGAAAAAUCCCUCCUUGAAAAGAGUCAGAAAGACAAAGACUUUGAUAAAUGUUUUAAGGAGAAAAAAGAAACGAAGGACAAACAUAAAGAUACACAUAGCAAAGACAAAGAAAGAAAACCUUCCCUUGAUCAAGUUAAAGAGAAAAGGGAGAAGACUUAUCCUGGGAUUCUCUCAGAAGACUUCUCGGAAAAAAAAGAUGAAAAAAGGGGCAAGGAGAAAAGCUGGUAUAUCGCAGACAUCUUCACAGAUGAGAGUGAAGAUGAAAAAGAGGAGUAUGCUGCCAGCGGGUUCAAACUCGGGGAGGCGGUGGAGGGUCCACAGGACAGAGAGGAGGGGAAGGAGCACCGCAAGUAUUCCUCAGAGAAGCAGAAAGAUAAAGAACCCAAGGACAAAAAAAAGGACAAAGGCGUCAGCGAAGGGGGCAAAGACAGGAGAGAGAAACUCUCGGACAAGCACAAGGAGAAGAAGGACAAAGAGUCCAUAGAAAAGUGUAAGGACAGGAAGGACCGAACUUCAGUUGACUCCACUCAGGAGAAGAAAAGCAAACAGAGACUCUGUGAAAAGGUGGAGAAGAAGCACUCGGCUGAGGACAAGGUGAAAAGCCGGCACAAGGAGCAUUCCAAAGAGAGGAAGGCUUCCAAAAGUGCCGACAUGGAAAAGAGCUUAUUGGAAAAGUUGGAGGAAGCAGCUCUCCACGAGUACCGAGAUGACUCCAAUGAUAAAAUCAGCGAGAUCUCGUCUGACAGCUUCACCGACCGAGGCCAGGAGCCCGGACCGGCCACCCUGCUGGAGGUGUCCUUCUCAGAGCCCCCCGAGGAAAAGGUCAGGGAGGGCUCGUGCCUGCAGGAGAAGCUCAAAGAGAGGCACAGACACUCCUCCUCAUCCUCAUCCAAGAAAAGCCACGACCGAGAAAGGGGGCGGAAAGAGAAGAAAGACCGCAGCGAGGACUACAAGGAGACGGCGGGCAGUAGGAAGGACUCCAGCCAGUACGAAAAGGACUUCCUGGACGGGGACACGUAUGGCCUGUCCUGUAACACGAAAGGCGACAUCGAAGACGAGCUAGAGAAGACUAUGGAGUUGUUUUCAACUGAAAAGAAAAACGAUUCUGAAAGAGAGCCUUCCAAGAAAAUAGAGAAAGAAUUAAAACCAUACGGCUCCAGCGCCCUGAGUGUCCUGAGAGAGAAGAAGAAGCGAGAGAAACACAGAGAGAAGUGGAGGGACGAGAAGGAGAAACACCGGGAGCGGCACCCCAAGGACAAUCCCCCCAACACCAACUUCAAAGACAAGUCCAAGGAGGAGAGUCUGCGGCUGGGUGAGGCCAAGCUGAAAGACAAGUUCAAGGAGAGCCAGGAGAAGGGCGACUCGGCCAAGCUGAGCAACGGGAGCGAGAAGCUGCUGCCGCCCCGAGAGCCCAGCAGGAAGGAGCACAGGCCCCGCGAGAAGCUGCUCGGGGACGGGGACUUGAUGAUGACGAGCUUUGAGCGCAUGCUCUCACAGAAGGACCUGGAGAUCGAGGAGCGCCACAAGCGCCACAAGGAGCGCAUGAAGCAGAUGGAGAAGAUGCGGCACCGGUCAGGGGACCCGAAGCUCAAGGACAAGACCAAGUCAGCAGAGGACGUGCGCAAGAAGAGCUUGGAGCUUCCCACAAAAAAGCCACUGGGGCUGGACACGCAGCUCCGAGACAAGAAGCCUAAGGACUCCACGGCCUUGGCUCCGACCACGCCCGUGGGCGACAGUAAAGGGCCCCCCGGAGCAGGCUCAGAGCCCAGGGACUGGCUGGUGGGACCCCAGAUGAAGGAGGUGUUGCCCGCCUCCCCCAGGCCAGACCAGAGCCGGCCCACCGGGGUGCCCACCCCUACCUCUGUGGUCUCAUGUCCCAGCUAUGAGGAGGUGAUGCACACCCCCCGCACCCCGUCCUGCAGCACCGACGACUACUCCGACCUCAUGUUCGACUGCGCCGACCCCCAGCCCAUCAGCACACCCGCCAGCACCUGUUCCCCUUCCUUCUUCGACAGGUUCUCUGCCGCCUUGAGCGGUCUUCCCGAGAACCCCAGCCAGACCCCCACGCGGACUCUACCCACAAAUCUCUACCGUUCAGUGUCCGUGGACACACGCAGGACCCCCGAGGAGGAAGUCAGUGUCGGGGACAAGCUCUUCCGGCAGCAGAGUGUCCCUGCCACCACCAGCUACGACUCACCAGCACGGCACCUGCUUGAGGACAAAGUGGCUGCCGCCCCUGAGAAAUUCCCCUGCCUGUCUCCUGGGUAUUACUCCCCCGACUAUGGGCUGCCCUCGCCCAAAGGGGAGACUCUGCCCUGUGCACCUGCCGCUGCCAUCAACACCACCCCGUCCCCAGAGGGCAUCUUCUCUAGUUUACAUGCCAAGUCUUCGCCGCCUUCCCACAGGGAUGAGCUGGUGGCCCCUGCCCUGGAAGGGGCCCUGCCGCCAGACUUGGGCCUCCCACUCGACGCCACGGAGGACCAGCAGGCCACAGCCGCCAUCAUCCCCCCGGAGCCCAGCUACCUGGAGCCGUCCGACGAGGGCCCAUUCAACACGGUCAUCACCGAGGAGAGCCCGGGCCAGUGGGCGCACCCUGCAGCUACCGAGCACUCCCUCACCACCCUGGUCGGGGGAGUCCCCGAGAACCCUGUUAGCUGGCCCCCUGUGGGGGCGGAGCUACUGCUGAAAUCCCCUCAGAGACUCCCUGAGUCCCCCAAACAUUUCUGCCCCACGGAGCCCGUGCCCUUCAUUGCCACAGAGCCCCCGUACCCCGCCUCUCCUCUGGCAUUCCCCUUGUCGGUCCCUGAACCAGGACUCAGAGAGGCCAAGGAGGACAUGGUGGAAGGGGUCCCAGUGGGGGUCUCGCCUUCAGAGGAGCCAGCCCCGUAUGGCCCUUCCUCGGGGCUGCAGGCCUUCUUCAGCAACUGCAAGCCCCUUGUGGAGACGGCCCCCAACGUACCCCCUGAGCCUGCGUGUGUGGCCACUGCAGCUCAGGUGGAGGCCCUGGGUCCCCUGGACAACUACCACCUGGACAGCAACCCUGGCCUCUCUGCCCUUGGUCCAGAGGAGCCGGUCCCCUGGCCAGAUCCCUUCACAAACCCGGAAGAUGAUCUAGACCUGGGACCCUUCUCACUGCCAGAACUUCCGCUACCAACAAAAGACGUUUCAGACGUGGACACGGGACCUAUGGAUACGAGUCCCGCUGCUCCCCUGGAACAAGCCCCAUCAGGGGCACCCACGGUCAUGAGUGGGGGGGACCUCCCCACCUCCACUGCUGAAGAGCAGCCCACCCCCGACCAGGCUUCCACACAGCUCUGUGCCGAGCCUGUGCCCACAGACCAGACCCAGGCGGAAGCGCAUCUGGAUGCUGCGGUGCAGGUGGAAAACGUGUCAGGAGAGACGAGCCCUGAGGACUCUGAUCCAGCACCCGCAGGGGUGCCCACUGAGCCCCACCCAGCAGGGAACAGGGACGAGGGAGGAGAGGCCAUGGACCCACAGGUGGCACCCCACUCUGCUCUGGACAGCCCCCCUGCUGAUGAGGAGGCCCAGGCUCUCGAUGGGGCUGGGUUCCCCGACAGUACUGGCCGAACCCAGGCAGAAACCCCCGCAGGCGGAAUCCAGCCGGAAGCUACAGAGCCCGCCCCAAAGCCACCACCAGAGGCCCCGAAGGUGCCCCGCGUCGAGGAGAUUCCCCAGCGCAUGACCAGGAACCGGGCACAGAUGCUGGCCAGCCAGGGCAAGCAGGGCACACCGCCCCCCGAGAGGGAACUGCCGGCCGCCGCCCCGGCCCCCAGAGCCAAGGGCCGCAGUCCUGAGGACGAGGAUGCCCAGGCCCAGCACCCUCGCAAGCGCCGUUUCCAGCGCUCCAGCCAGCAGCUGCAGCAGCAGAUGAACACGUCGACGCAGCAGACGCGGGAGAUGAUCCAGCAGACGCUGGCCGCCAUUGUGGACGCCAUCAAACUGGAUGCCAUUGAACCCUACCACAGUGACAGGGCCAACCCCUACUUCGAGUACCUGCAGAUCCGCAAGAAGAUCGAGGAGAAGCGCAAGAUCCUGUGUUACAUCACACCCCAGGCCCCCCAGUGCUACGCCGAGUACGUCACCUACACUGGCUCCUACCUCCUGGACGGCAAACCCCUAAGCAAGCUUCACAUCCCAGUGAUCGCGCCCCCUCCAUCCCUGGCGGAGCCCCUCAAGGAGCUGUUCAAGCAGCAGGAGGCUGUGCGUGGGAAGCUACGCCUGCAACACAGCAUCGAGCGGGAGAAGCUGAUCGUGUCCUGUGAACAGGAGAUCCUGCGGGUACACUGCCGGGCGGCGAGGACCAUUGCAAACCAAGCGGUGCCCUUCAGCGCCUGCACCAUGCUGCUGGACUCAGAGGUCUACAACAUGCCCCUGGAGAGCCAGGGGGACGAGAACAAGUCGGUGCGAGACCGGUUCAACGCACGUCAGUUCAUCUCGUGGCUGCAGGAUGUGGACGACAAGUACGACCGCAUGAAGACGUGUCUCCUGAUGCGGCAACAGCACGAGGCGGCGGCACUGAACGCUGUGCAGAGGAUGGAGUGGCAGCUGAAGGUACAGGAGCUGGACCCUGCCGGGCACAAGUCGCUGUGUGUGAACGAGGUGCCCUCCUUCUACGUGCCCAUGGUCGAUGUCAACGAUGACUUCGUGCUGCUGCCGGCGUGA